CUAAUUUGACGGAUUUACGUCAAAAUUGCUGAAAAAAACAACUGCUCCCUUUUUCCUGAUAAAAAAAUCACCGAAUUCGACUGAGUCAACAUCUGAGGUCAUCACAAAAGUCAUGUUCAAGCACUAAAAAGCCCAAAAAAGCAUAUUUUAAGUCAAAAUGAGUCACGAACCUCUUAUCGAAGUGAAAAAACAUGCCAAAUAUUUCCUGCGAUUCCUGAAUUUGCUGCCUCCAAGACUCGCUUCGAACGAUUCCACGCGAGUUACGAUCGCUUUUUUCGCCGUAAGUGGCUUGGACACGCUCAAUCAGCUGGAUUUGUUGUCGGAAACGGAGAAACAGAACAUCAUUGACUGGAUUUAUCAUCUGCAAUACGUUCCAGCGGCGGGUGGGAAUUCACGAGCCGGCAUUCAAGGGUCCUCGAUAUUAAAUGCGAAGGACGUCGGGGACUGUUCCGGACUGGAAACUUACAAAUUUGGGCAUUUAGCGAUGACUUACACGGGUUUAGCGGUCCUUUUGGCGCUCGGCGACGACCUGAGUCGCUUAAAUCGAAAGGCGAUCAUCGAAGGAGUUGCUGCCGUUCAACAAAACGACGGAAGUUUCAGCCCGACGUUGAUGGGGAACGAACAUGAUAUGCGAUUUGUGUAUUGCGCCGCGUGCAUUUGUUACAUGCUCAACGAUUGGAGUGGCGUGGAUGUCGAUAAAAUGGUGAAAUAUAUUCGGCGGAGCAUCAGAUACGACUUUGGCAUCAGUCAACACGACGAAAUGGAAUCGCAUGGCGGCACAACUUUUUGCGCGUUGGCAGCUCUCGAACUCAGUGGGAGACUUCAUGAAUUAUCGGCGAAAGAAAUUGAACGAAUUAAGCGAUGGCUCGUUUUUCGACAGGAAGAAGGUUUCAAUGGACGGCCUAACAAACCCAUCGACACUUGUUACAGUUUUUGGAUUGCGGCGGCACUCAAAAUUCUUAAUGCCCUCGAUUUGACGGAUUUUAAGCUGAAUCGUGGGUAUUUGAUGUCGUGCCAAAAUACGACAGUCGGCGGGUUUUCCAAGUGGCCCGGAAUUCAAACGGAUCCCUUUCAUUCCUACUUUGGGUUGUGCGGCUUGAGUUUUCUGAAUGAGCCCGGACUGUUGCCGAUUAUGCCAGGACUUAACAUAUCAAUGAGGUCGCACGAGAGACUCAAGAAGUUGCAUGAAAAGUGGGCGCAGUGACUUCGGGCCGCCAAAAAACGCACUUUAGACUUUUAUAGUCAAAAUAUUAAAAAUGUUGUAAUUUCUUUCUAUUUUUUAUAUACACAAAACAAUUUUUUGUUAAUAUUAAUGAAAUACUUUAAUAGGGAGCAUUAAAAGAAAAAAUAAUUGUAC